AAAGUGGGUUGGAAUUGGAAGGGCUGAGAAGCCAAGCUCUGAAAUGGCGGCAGCGGCAUCACCGUCGUCAUCGCCAGUACGGUGGUGGAGGACGGCGUUUCUAACAGUGAGGGACGAAACCCUAACAACUCCUCUGCGCACUCCAAUCCCCGAGCUCCUCAACCAUUCCAUCUUCUCCCACUCCCACACUCUCCUCUCCGCCGCCCACGACCUACCUCCGCUGGAAGUCACCUCCGAUUUGCUCUUCAUCAUGGAUCUCGUCACCACAAAGUCUCACGGCGGCGAAGACCUGACUCCCUCGUUCACUCACAUAACGCACUUGAUCCAUGAUAUCUCCCAUCGUGUUCCGCUCGAGAUCAAUUCAGCUUCUUGGACUCUGAUCCUCGACGCUUUCAACAAAAUGAUUCGCUCGUUCAUCGGCUCUUCGUCCUUCACGCCGGUUAUGGAAGCUCUACAGACUCUAAGACGUGUUAUGAGCGCGUAUCAGAGGAAAUGCACGACGGGGGAGGAGGUUCAGCUGGUGAAGUUCCUGCUGCGCAUCAUUGAGAGCUCUCAUGCAGAGUUGAGCUCAGUUUGCAACCAAAGCUCGGUUCUUGAAGCUGGGAAGAGAAUGCCGGUGCCUCGAUAUUGUAGCUUAUGGGAAGUUCAGACACUUGCAUUUACUAUGCUUGGAGAGGCAAUCUCCAGAGUUGGUUUAACCUUGCCAUUGGACAUCUGGGGAUCAACAAUCGAGGUUUUUAGGAAAGUGAUGGAUGGCUUGGCAACUAAAAGCCAGCUUGUGGAAGACGCAUUUAUGUCCAGGUUUUAUUUAUCUCUUCUGCAUUGUCUGCAUUUGACUGUCGCAGAUCGUAAGUGUUCGCUUUCUGACCAUGUGUCAAGUUUUGUGGCUGCUUUGCGAAUGUUCUUUUCCUAUGGCAUUAAUAGUAGAACCCAACAUACCUGUUCAGCAAUUGGUCAAAAGGAAAAAGAACUUACUUUAGCAAGCCUUAAGUUGGGUUUGGAAGAUUCUAAAAAGACGGAUCGUACUCCAUAUAGGCCUCCACACCUGCGCCAAAGGGACAAUUCAAAUAUGAAGAAGAGUGGAGCUCAAGGUUCUCAAAGUUUAUCGGACCAUGAAUCUUCCGCAAAUGAGUUUGCAUUGUCAGAUUCAGAUUACAGUGACAGUGAUGGAUCAAUUAAAGACACUGACAACAUUCAGAAAUCAAAAGUCCGAGUAGCUGCCACUGUUUGUAUACAGGAUCUUUGUCAAGCUGAUUCCAAAUCAUUUACUAGCCAAUGGACGCUGCUAUUGCCAACCAGUGAUGUACUACAACCUAGGAAAUAUGAAGCAACACUAAUGACAUGCUUGCUAUUUGAUCCUUAUCUAAAGGCACGGCUUGCUUCUGCAUCAACCCUGGAAGCAAUGUUGGAUGGCCCGUCAUCUGUUUUUCUGCAGGUAGCAGAGUUCAAGGAAUCUUCUAAACGUGGAUCUUUCACAUCGCUUUCAAGUUCCCUUGGACAUAUACUAAUGCAGCUUCAUACAGGUAUUUUAUACUUAAUUCAACGUGAAACUCAUAGUAGACUGAUGGCAUCCCUGUUCAAGAUUCUCAUGCUAUUGAUAUCAUCUACACCAUAUUCAAGAAUGCCUGGAGAGUUGUUGCCAACAGUUUUUACAUCUCUACAAGAAAGGAUGAAAAAUGGGUUUCCAUUCAAAAGUGAUCAGACUGGUCUGCUGGCUUCUUCUAUUAGUUGCUUGACAACCGCUCUGAAUAUCUCACCUUCUUCACUGCAAAUUAAAGAAAUGCUUCUGGCAGAGAUAUCUAAUGAUUUUGUCGAUGCUAAAAAGAAGUCAGGUGUUCUCUCUACACUGUUUCAAUUUUCAGAACAAGUUAGCAACCCAACAAUAUGCUUUGAGGCUCUUCUGGCGCUUAGGGCUGUGUCCCAUAAUUACCCAAGCAUAAUGUUUUCCUGUUGGGAACAAAUUUCCACCAUUGUUUAUGGUGUUUUGAGGGCAGCUAUUCCUGAAGUUCCUACAGGAUAUAAAGGCAAUACUAGAAAUUUUGUUGGAUUUAUUGGGGAAAAAGUCAUUACAGCUGCUAUUAAAGUUUUGGAUGAAUGUCUACGGGCAAUAUCUGGAUUUAAAGGAACUGAAGACCCUUUAGAUGAUAAAUUACUUGAUGCUCCAUUUAUUUCUGACUGCAUAAGGAUGAAAAAAGUUUCAUCUGCCCCUUUUUAUGAACCAGAGAACUCAGAUGAACCCACAUCAUGUCAAUCUGGAACAGAGCAGUGGUGUGAGACAAUUGAGAAACAUAUGGCUCUGAUUCUUCACCAUCCUUCUGCAGUGGUGAGAGCAGCCUCUGUUACAUGUUUUGCGGGUAUAACUUCUUCUGUAUUCUUCUCAUUGUCGAAGGAAGAACAAGACUUCAUUCUUUCUUCUUCUGUUCGUGCUGCCGUAAGUGAUGAUGUGCCUUCGGUUAGGUCAGCUGCUUGUCGAGCCAUUGGAGUCAUAUCAAUGUUUCCUCAAGUUUCUCAAAGUGCAGAGAUCCUUGAUAAGUUUGUUCAUGCUGUGGAGAUUAACACUCGUGAUCCCCUGAUCUCGGUGCGAAUAACUGCUUCUUGGGCUCUGGCAAACAUAUGUGAUUCUAUCCGUCAUUGUAUUGAUGAUUUUGCCUUGAAACAAUCUGGAGGCUAUCCUGAAAUCUCUAAAUUAUUCACAUUAUUAACCGAGUGCGCUUUGCGUCUGACUAAGGAUGGAGAUAAGAUUAAAUCAAAUGCUGUAAGGGCUCUAGGGAAUCUUUCAAGAUCUAUCAAAUAUAGAAGCAAUAGUGACAGGAUAGUAGACAAUAAUGGUAUGCCAAUAAAGAGCACUAAACCUGACAAAAUAUCAUCAAGCAAUUACAGGGAAGGAAGUCAAAGAGAUGUAUCAAUAUCAUGCCAUCCAGCUUCUUUGGGAGAUUCGCGUUGGCUAGAGAGGGUCGUUCAGGCAUUUAUUUCUUGUGUUACGACUGGUAAUGUUAAGGUCCAAUGGAAUGUUUGUCAUGCUUUAAGCAACCUAUUUCUGAAUGAGACAUUAAGACUGCGAGACAUGGAUUGGGCUUCGUCUGUGUUUAGUAUUCUUUUACUACUAUUACGCGAUUCUUCCAACUUUAAGAUCAGGAUUCAAGCUGCUUCUGCUUUGGCCGUGCCAGCAUCAGUAUUUGAUUAUGGAGAAUCCUUCUCCGAUGUCAUCCAGGGUCUUAUGCAUAUAUUAGAGAAUCAAAGUUCAGACCGAAUUGCAUCACCAUCAAAUUUCAAAUAUAGGGUUGCACUUGAAAACCAGUUGACCUCAACCGUGCUGCAUGUUCUUAUCCUCACUUCAAGUUCCGAUCAUGAACCCAUCAAAGAUUUCCUUGUAAAAAAAGCCUCGUUCCUCGAAGACUGGUUCAAGGUGCUAUGCUCGUCACUUGGAGAGACAAGUAGUCAAGCUGAACUUGAGAAUAAUAAAUCCACCGGGAAUCCGAAGAACGAGAUGAUAUGCAACGCAAUUGGGUCGCUAAUCCAAUUGUACAAUAGUAGGAAGCAUCAUGCAAUUGCCCAGAAAUUUGAGAAGUUAGUGAACAGCAUCUAGUGAGUUCUCGGUUGACUUUUAUACUCCUGUUGUACAUGCCAACCUUGUGAUCAAGGUCCUUGCACAGCCACAUAUACUGGAAAAAUGCCUCCCUUUGAAGGCAAAUUUUUCAUGGCGGCACGACAUCUCGGAGAUGCACUGGCAGCAUACAAGACUCUUGAGGAUCAUAUGAGAUCGGAUUUCUGUGCUUUUUUCAUGGGAGGGGGUUGGAUAGGACCUAUUUCCUAUAUAGGUUGUAUUGUUGGGCGUGUAUAUAUAUAUAUAUUAUUUUAUGGUGUAUCUGGACUAAAAUAUAGAACGCUACUUUCGGCCCUAAAUUAUGAAAGUUUAUGCAAAGUAAGCCACUUUAUAUGUU